AUGGUGUUAUUUUGCAGUAGAGAAUAUGUUGUGGUUGCGUAUUUUUGUGUUUGCUUCUUUGUUCUUCAGGCAGUAACUGAUUUUGCUGCACUGGACACUUUUGCAUCUUCCCUUUGCAGGUCAAGUAGCACUAUAGCACGAUACAUGGUAAACUUUGAGAGAGAUGGCUUAGAAACCAAAAGCACUGCAGAUGACAUCUCAACUAUUGGAUCAAAUAAGGUUGAAAAUGAAAAAGCACCACUCUCUGCAAAGGAGGAGAGGGAAAUAUCAGCAACCAAACUCACAGUAACGGAUCUUCAGCAGCUGGUUGCUUCAGCACUCCAUGAAGACAGGUCCCUACCAGUAGACCUUGGGACACUUCGGUUUACUGACGAACCUAUUCGACCGUCAAGUGAUUUUGAUAAUGACAUCCAAGGCAUGGUCACUAUUCCUCUGGCAGGCCCUGACUUGGACGACACCAUAAGCGCAGAAUUCCCACUGGUUUAUCCCAGCCCAGCAACAGUGGACCAAACCAGAGGCUUUUUUGUUGAUGAAUUUACAACUGGAAUCUCUGAUCUAAGCAGAGAGAUUGGUGGACCUGAAGACUUUGAUAGUAAUUUUAUUACAUCUGAACCUGCAUUCCCUACCAAACCCUCCAGAGAACCACCUCACGACAAGUCUCCAGACACAGAAGAUAUCACUACUGAUUACCAAAGAUUCACAGUGCCUUUCAGUGCUCUGGUUAGCACAGACAGUCCUCCAAAGCCAGAGGAUUCCUACCUGCCUCCUCCAGCAGAUGAGUCAGAGAGCAAUGACUUAAUCACCGAUGACAAUGAGUCUCCAACAGAGCAGGUUAUCACACUGGCAGUUUACACCACAGGUAGUUUUACCCUACCUACUUUCCUGCAGGCCACAGAUGAGCAUACUGAAGCUGAGAUGAAGAAAGAACUGCUUGGAGCAACAGAACCACCUUUCAAGGAAGCUGAUAGAGACAGUCUGUCUGGACAAGCAGUGAAGAUCAUGGAUGAACUAGAAUCAUCAGGUGAUGACAUUUUGGUUACAACCAGCACAUACAAAACGUUGCCUUUCCUUAUCAGUUCAAGCGAUCUGUUUGCCACACAGCCAGAGGUCACUUUUACAGGAGCACUGCCACCAGACCAAACUCUACUGCCCACAGUGACCAGCCCAUUCCACAGCCAUUCUGUUGUCAUUGACCAGUCCCCUGAAGUACCAGACACCUCGAUGCCAGUGGCUGCCAGCGCUCUUCCUGACCUUGCCAGCACAGGAGUGCAGGACAUUACUGCUGAGUUGGACAGCACUGGUGUGAAGAGCACGGCAGUGCUGGAUGAGGCAGAGCAUGGCAGUGGCUACAUCUCAGUGCAGACAACUGAGCCUGCAGAAGUCACCCAGGCUCCCACACUGAAGUACGUGACCACCAGCUCCAUGACAACGGCAGCCAAAGGCAAAGAACUCGUGGUUUUCUUCAGCCUGAGGGUAACCAACAUGCACUUCUCCGAUGAUCUCUUCAACCGGAGCUCGCAGGAAUACAAAGCACUAGAACAACAGUUCAUGCAAUUGCUACUUCCAUACCUUCAGUCCAACCUCACAGGUUUUAAGCAACUGGAAAUACUUAACUUCAGGAAUGGAAGUGUGAUUGUCAACAGUAAAAUGAAAUUUGCCAGAACGGUGCCAUAUAAUAUCACAGAAGCAGUACAUUGUGUUUUGGAAGACUUCUGUGACGCUGCUGCCCAACGCCUCAAUUUGGAGAUUGACAGCUACUCCCUGGAUAUUGAGCCAGCUGAUCAGGCAGACCCAUGCAAAUUCAUGGCAUGUGACGAAUUUUCCAAAUGCAUAAUGAAUGAGUGGACAAAAGAGGCUGACUGCCUUUGUAAACCCGGUUAUGCAAGCCAGGACGGAUUGCCCUGCCGGAGCCUGUGCGAAAUGGAACCUCAUCUUUGUGACAAUGGUGGGAAGUGUGAGUUAGUUCCUGGAAGAGGAGCUGUCUGCAGGUCACCAGACCAGUUUACAAAGCCAGGACUGACAAGUUAGUCUGUGAAAUUCUGCAUUUCCAGCAUCAGACAGACGAAACCAAG